GGGGCGGUCAGCCGGCGGCGGGGCCGGCCGGUGUCCGGCCGGCACGCCUACCCCUGAAGCGGCGGCGGGUGGCGAGCUGGGGUGCUUGGCGAGGACGUUCUCAUCGUCUCCGUCCCCUGUCUGCUUCCGCACAGCCCGGAGCGGCGUAACUGUGGACGCCCGUUCCCCGCACCUGCCCGGCCGCCGGGCCCUCAGCCUCUCUCUCCCGCGGCCCGCACCGCCACGGCCCUAAGGGGAGCCCCUUCCCCUCAGCAGCCGGGUGCCACCUCCGAGCCGGGAUGUUCUCCAGGAAGAGCCAUGCCGAUGUCAGGAAAUCAACCCAGAAGGCGUUGGAUCCCAAGCGAGACGUACUCACCCGCCUCAAGCACCUUCGGGCGCUGCUAGAUAUUGUGGAUGGAAGUGAGCUGAAGCAAUUUUUUGAGAACAAUUAUUCUCAAAUUUAUUUUAUAUUCUAUGAAAACUUCAUAACACUGGAAAAUAGCUUGAAACAAAAAGGGAAUAAAUCACAGAGGGAGGAGCUGGACUCCAUUCUCUUUCUUUUUGAAAAAAUAUUGCAGCUACUACCUGAGAGGAUUUUUUAUCGAUGGCAUUUUCGCAGUAUAGGGUCGAUUCUGAAGAAGCUUUUGCACACGGGAAAUUCUCUCAAGAUAAGAUGUGAAGGAAUCCGACUGUUUCUCCUGUGGCUUCAGGCACUUCAGACUAACUGUUUGGAAGAGCAGAUAUUAAUAUUUGCAUGCCUUGUGCCUGGCUUUCCACCCAUUCUGUCCUCACGAGGUCCCUGUACACUAGACAGCCUCAUUAGUCCUCCUAAUUCCCCGGAUGCUAAGAUUUUUCCAGAAGAAAUAAUUCCACUUUUGCCAGCUGUCUCUGGAGAGAAAACUGCUGAAGACCAAACAUGCUAUUUUCUCCAGCUGCUGUUAAAAUAUAUGGUACUUCAGGCUGCAAGUUUAGAGUGGAAGAAUAAGGAGAACCAAGACACUGGAUUUAAAUUUCUGUUCGCCUUGUUUAGAAAAUAUUACCUUCCUCAUUUGUUUCCGUCCUUUACGAAGCUCACCAACCUCUACAAACCUGUUCUUGAUAUUCCUGAUGUCAGACCACGACCAGUAUACAUUACUGCAACACGAAACAAUGAGAAUGUCUACAGCACAAAGAUCCCAUACAUGGCAGCUCGAGUUGUUUUCAUUAAGUGGCUUGUUACCUUCUUCCUUGAAAAGAAAUAUUUAACUGCUGCCCUGAAUACAAAAAAUGGAGGAGAAAUGCUCCCUAAAAUUAUUCAGACUGUUGGUGGUGUCAGCCAAGAUAAAAGCACAGAGCUGGAGAGCAGUGUGUCUUACACCAGUGAGCCUGAGAGAAGUCAUUCCAACAGCAGCACCUUGUCUGACAGGAGGCUCAGCAACUCCAGCGUCUGCAGCAUCGAGGAGCAGCACCACAAUGUCUAUGAGAUGGUGCAGAGGAUCCUGCUGUCCACUCGAGGAUAUGUCAACUUUGUUAAUGAGGUUUUCCGCCAGGCUUUUUUGUUGCCACCUUCUGAUGCAUCUGUAACACGCAAAGUGGUUAAGGUGUAUCGGAAGUGGAUACUGCAAGAGAAGCCUGUGUUCAUGGAGGAGCCAGACAAGAAGGAGGACAGCCAGGAUGCUGUGGUCACCUUGGAGGAUUCAGUAGUGCAAACAGAUGGUAAACAUCUUUCCUCUGACCAUUCAGGACAUAAGCGCUCAUCCAGCUGGGGAAGGACCUACUCCUUUACCAGUGCUGUUAACAGAGGAUGUGUGUUAGAAGAAGAGGACAAAAAUGUUAAAGCUGGAGCUCAAGCUGUCUUACAGGUAUUCGUGACAAACUCUGCCAAUGUUUUCUUACUGGAGCCCUGUGUUGAGAUCCCUGUGCUUCUCAAGGAGCAAGUCGAUGCUUGCAAAGCAGUGCUGAGUAUCUUCAGGCACAUGAUAAUGGAACUGUCCAUGAAUAAGAAGACCUGGGAACAGAUGUUACAGAUACUCCUUAGGAUAACAGAAGCUGUGAUGCAGAAGCCAAAAGAAAACCAGAUGAAGGAUACAUUUGCUCAAAGCAUGUCAGGAUUACUUUUCAGGACCCUCAUUGUGGCUUGGAUCAGAGCAAACCUAAGCGUUUACAUCUCCCGGGAGCUGUGGGAUGAGCUGCUCAGUGUUCUGUCUGCCCUGACAGACUGGGAAGAGCUCAUCAAUGAGUGGGCCAAUAUUAUGGACUCUCUGACAGCAGUGCUAGCAAGAACUGUCUAUGGGGUGGAAAUGACCAACUUACCCUUGGAUAAGCUCAGUGAACAGAAAGAAAAAAAGCAGAGAGGCAAAGGUGGUGUUUUAGAACCUCAGAAGACACCUGUAGUGGGAAGAUCUUUUUCGUUAAGCUGGAAAAGUCAUCCUGAAGUUGUAGAGCCAAUGAGGUUCAGAAGUGCUACAACCUCUGGAGCCCCAGGAGUUGAGAAAGCAAGAAAUAUUGUUCGUCAGAGAGCAACAGCUAAGCGAAGCCAGUCUAUCAGCAACUGUGUUCAUCUUUGUGAGGCUUUGCCAGCCACUAAAAGUGUCCCUCUUCUGCUUCACACUGUGAGCUCUCUCUUACCUGGUAUUUCUUACACUUCUUGCUCUCACAGGCUGUCAGAAGUUGAAGAAUCUCAACAGCUGGAAAAUUCGUCAGGAGCAGAAACUGCAGGCCUGUUUGCAGAGCAAGAGCAGCAGCUAACUCGAAGUAGUAGCACUUCAGAUAUCACAGAUCACUUUCCAUCUGAUUUUUUCCAAGGUAAAAAAGCUGGAAGUUCUUAUAAUUUAACUUCAGACUCCAAACCAGUUCAGGAAAAUAAGGGAUAUACAAUGAAGGAACAUGAAGCUGAGCAAGCACUAGAAGGAAGAAGCAGCAGCUCAGCUGAAUUAGAAUUGAAAGCAGACUUGCAGCAAUCAUAUGGAAAUUAUAGAGAGAGAGAAAAAAGUGCAAGUGUUAGCAGCGACACAUCUGUUGGCUAUAACAACGAGGUAGAGAUUUCCCUCAUCCCCUGGCAAGCUCCCGAAGAGGACCAUGAAGUUAAUGCCACAGAAGAUGUUUGUGUGGAUGCUGAUGCACCUCGCUGGCUUCAGCUUAGUCCUUCAGAUACUGCAAAUCUAACAGACAGCAGUGAAUUCCUUGCUGAUGACUGCAGUAUAAUUGCUGGUGGAAGCCUCAUUGGCUGGCAUCCUGAUUCUGCUGCUGUGUUAUGGAGGAGAAUCCUUGGAAUUCUUGGGGAUGUGAACAAUAUACAGUCACCUAAAAUCCAUGCAAAAGUUUUUGGCUAUCUUUACGAGCUGUGGUAUAAACUUGCCAAGAUACGGGACAACCUUGCUAUAAGCGUGGACAAUCAGUCUACUCCCUCUCCUCCUAUCCUAAUUCCUCCUCUCAGGAUAUUUGCCUCAUGGUUGUUCAAGACAACCACCCUGCCAAAUGAAUACAAGGAGGGCAAACUGCAGGCAUACAGGCUGAUCUGUGCUAUGAUGACUCGACGGCAAGAUGUUCUGCCCAAUUCUGAUUUCCUGAUUCAUUUUUAUUUUGUGAUGCACCUUGGCUUAACAAGUGAAGACCAGGAUAUCUUAAACACCGUGAUAAAGCACUGCCCACCUUGGUUUUUCUUUCUGGGCUUACCUGGCUUUACGAUGCUGAUCGGAGACUUCAUUACAGCGGCAGCUAGGGUCCUGAGCACAGACGCGCUGGAGGCUCCCCGUUCAGAAGCUCACACCAUCCUUGGCUCUCUGGUUUGCUUUCCCAAUAUCUACCAAGAGAUCCCCCUCCUGCGGCCCAUUUCAGAAGCAGGCAAGAUCGUCGCAGGGACUGCAGAUGUGAAGUGUUAUCUCAUAAAUAUUUUAUUGAAGAAUGCUACAGAGGAGCCAAGUGAAUAUGCAAGGUGCCUAGCCAUUUGUGGCCUGGGAGUCUGGAUCUGUGAAGAACUAACACAGUGCACAAACCACCCUCAGGUGAAGGAAGCAAUCAAUGUCAUAGGCGUGACACUGAAGUUUCCUAAUAAACUGGUAGCUCAGGUAGCCUGUGAUGUUCUUCAGCUGCUGGUUUCUUACUGGCAAAAGCUUCAGAAGUAUGAAUCCUCCCUGUCCCGAAAAAUUACUGAGAUCCUUGUGGCCACUAUUGCAUUCCUUUUGCCAAGUGCGGAGUACUCCUCUGUGGAAGCAGAUAAAAAGUUUAUAGUUUCACUGCUUCUUUGCUUGCUGGAUUGGUGCAUGGCAUUACCCAUGAAAAUGCUACUGGAGCCAGUGUCGGUUGGUGUUCUUGAAAAUCAACAGGCUUCCAAAGCUCCUCUACUGGACUAUAUUUACAGAGUCCUGCACUGUUGUGUUAAUGGCUCGUGCACGUACACUCAACAAAGCCACUACGUGCUGAGCCUGGCAGACCUCUCCUCCAGUGAUUACGACCCCUUUUUGCCAUUGAGGAACAUCAAAAACUCUGAGCCAGCCCAGUGCCAUUCUUCCACUGAUCUGGGCAACCUGCUCACUGUCGCUGAGGAAAAAAAGAGGAGGAAUUUGGAGUUGAUACCUUUAACAGCACGAAUGGUUAUGACUCACCUAGUGAAUCACCUCAGCCACUACCCCCUCAGCGGAGGCCCUGCCAUACUCCACAGCCUCCUUAGUGAGAACCACGACAACUCCUACGUGGAGUCCUCCGAGCUUUCCUCAGAAGUGUUCCGGAGUCCCAACCUGCAGCUCUUUGUGUUUAAUGACAGCACUCUCAUAUCAUACCUCCAGAUCCCCGCCGCAAAGGCGAUGGCGACGGCAACUGAGCCCGCAGCAGCCCCCUCGGAUGUCAGGGUGAUUGUCAGAGAUAUCUCAGGAAAGUACUCUUGGGAUGGCAGAGUAUUGUAUGGACCUUUGGAGGGCUGCCUUCCACGGCAGAGCGCAGCCAACCCAUUUGUGAACUCAGGCAGCCCUGAGCAGCACUUCAUUUCCCAGAGGGAUGUCUCUCAGGUGGAGGAAGGAGAAGAUGCUCUCGACCAGUUGCUGGAGAAGAUUGGUACCAGCAGUCCUGAGUGCCUUUUACAUCCCCAGCGGAAGCUGAAUGAGCCAGCCCCACCACCCUCUGGGAUGAGCUAUGAGCAGGAGAAUGCUAUCACUGAAGCCCUGAUGAGGCAGAGUGCCCAGGAGGAAGAGCACAUACUGAAAUACAGCUCAGACUGCAGUAUGAAGGUGGCCCCUCAGGAAGAGCCACGUCCUUCUGAGCCUCAGGCAUCCUUUUAUUUCUGUCGGCUGUUGCUAAAUGACUUGGGAAUGACCUCUUGGGACAGAAGAAAAAGCUUUAAUCUGCUGAAGAAAAACUCCAAGUUACUGCGAGAACUGAAAAAUCUGGAUUCCCGCCAGUGCCGUGAAACUCAUAAAAUUGCUGUGUUCUACAUCGCAGAAGGCCAGGAGGAUAAGUGCUCCAUACUCUCCAAUGCCAGGGGAAGCCAAGCCUAUGAAGAUUUUGUGGCUGGGCUGGGCUGGGAGGUUGACCUCUCAACCCACGGUGGGUUUAUGGGUGGCCUGCAGCGCAACGGUAGCACAGGACAAACUGCUCCUUAUUACGCUACCUCUACUGUGGAAAUAAUCUUCCACGUGUCCACAAGAAUGCCAUCAGACUCGGAUGACUCACUGACCAAAAAGCUUCGUCACUUGGGAAAUGAUGAGGUUCACAUUGUCUGGUCUGAGCACACCCGGAACUACCGCAGAGGCAUUAUACCAACGGAUUUUGGAGAUGUUCUAAUUGUUAUUUAUCCCAUGAAGAACCACAUGUUUUUCAUAGAGAUCAUGAAGAAACCUGAGGUGCCAUUUUUUGGUCCUCUCUUUGAUGGAGCCAUCGUGACUGCAAAGCUGCUGCCAAGCCUGAUAUGUGCCACGUGCAUCAACGCCAGCAGAGCCGUCAAGUCACUCAUCCCACUCUACCAGAGCUUUUACGAGGAGCGAGCUCUGUAUCUCGAAGCAAUAAUCCAGAACCACAAAGAAGCAAUGACAUUUGAGGAUUUUGCCGCUCAGGUCUUUUCUCCCUCUCCCAGCUACUCCCUCAGUGGAACUGGGUCUUGGUUGUCAGUGACCCAUGCAUGGCUUUCCUGCCCCACAGAGCUGCUGCCUGCCUGGACCUUCUCACCGCCAUGGGAAUGUGUAGUGCCUAGCACCCCAGUGCUGCAAUGGGGCAGCUUUCAGCACCACGCUGUUGCGGACCUGUACCUCCCAACCUCUACUCAUCAGCAGAAAUGGCAAUUCCGUAACCACCUCCCUCACUCCCAGCCUCAGACCCCUGCAUUAGAAAUACAGAAAGGUCACAGCACUCCAUGGUAGCUACCAGUUCACCUAAGGACUGGCAGAUGCUCUGUCUGCAUCUCAGCAUCACCAAGAGGCAGAGCCUGGUAGCAGACGGUCCUCUUCUACCUGGUGAAAUUGUCUCUCAGCCCACGGUAGUUGCUUGACAGCAGAGAAGGAAAAGGUGCCAAAUGAAAUUUCCAAUUGAAUCAAGCGUAAUUACCUGAUUUAAUGAAGGAGGAAAGUCAGGAUGUUCUGCAGAAACCCCAAGUUUGCCCUUUCUCCCCAGAGAUGCCUUUCACACGGAACACAUCCACAAACCUCCUUCCUUCCCUCACAGUUAGGGAAACCCACAUGGGUGGAUUCAAACAUAGCAGAGCAAUUCUGAUCCACUUUCUGGAUAAUUUAAUGGACAAGCUGAGAAAUCACAAAGAUUUCUAGGGCAGCACAAGGGAGGCUAUAAACAAAAUGCUAUUUUUGCAGGCUUCCUGCGGCAGCACUUGUUACCAGAAAUCACAAACACUUGAGCAGUGAGUGCAGGUCUUCUCCAGCCUGUGUUGUCUUCCUUAAUUCCUUAACCUGAUCAUGUGUUUAGCUGCCUGGAGAGCUUAAACGGCUAUAGGUGAAGGACUGGAAGACUGGAAGCCCUGCCAUGUGAGGAAAGGUUGAGGGAACUGGGUUUAUACAGCCUUGAGAAGCAAAGGCUUAGGGGAGACCUCAUUGUCAUGAGGAGUGGCUGCCAGGAGGAUGGAGACUCCCUUUUUACAAGGAAUCCCGUGGAAAACACAAGGGGUGAUGUAGACCAGCUACUACUGUGGAGAUUGCCAUUGGACUUCAGAAGGAAAUGGUUCCUCAUGAGAACAUUUAGAGUUUGGAAUCACUUCCUGAGGGAAGAAGUGGAUUCCCCUGCAUUGCUCAGUUUUAAGGCUUGGUUUGACAAGGCACUGGACCAGCUGAUUUCAACUGCACUGUCACCUAGAAAGGCUGGAGCAGAUGAUCCUUGGGGUCCCUUCCAGCCUGGCAUUCUGUGAUUCUGUAUCCUCCCUACACCAGCCAAAGUAACAGUGUGGACAUUGUGGUAGUUUGUGUUUUUUUUCACAACAAAUACAUAUUUUCAUGAACUACUAAAACUGAGCAUCCUUAGAAGGAUUAGAGAUGGGAGGACAAAACUCUAAUCAAUAUGAUGGCAUUGUUAGGUGCUAUCAGCUCUGUACCCUCUGCAGCUCCUCAGACUUGGGUGACCUGAUGUUAAUUCACAGCAGGAUGACCCAGCCUGGUUCAGAGGUGCAUGAAUCCCUGCUAAAUGGUAGGGAGGUUACAACAUUACUCUGCAGCUCCCAGCAAAUCAGUCACAGAUGGCUUUGGAUGCCAGGCAGUCUUUCUCUUUGCCCAUCACCUCUGAGGUCAUGCAGCUCAGAUCUGUUCCUGAGGCUGUGUAGGUACUGGAGUUGCUUCUCCUUCAAGCCCAGUGUAACCUCAGGAGCUACAGCAGGGAGGGUGUGGGAGUGACAUCAGGGCUCCCCUCACGGGCCUGCUCUUUUUUGAACUAAUUGAUCAUCUCAGAGGGAGCUCUCCCAGAGCUACAAUCUCCAUGGGGGAAGAAGGCAAGGGCAGGAGGCUUCCUCCCUAGCAAUCACUGCAGGGAUGGGAAAAAAUAUUAGCUUGUAUUGGUUUUCAUAACCCAGCAGGACUGAAGCAAACCUCCCUCUUCAGCAGGCUUUCAGCUUUGCAGUGCCUCAUAGAGAGAUUCUUUCUGGAAUUUUAUUACCUUCACAUUUACUGGGAAAGGUUUCUGCAGACCUGUCAUGACUGACAAGUUCAUUGGGGCAGUAUGGGGGUGGGUGAUGGCCUAUAUGAAAAGUGUAAAACUUCAUAAUCCUUAGUGAUCACACAUGGCCUGCAGUCCUUUUCCAGACUUGGGUGGCACACACCAUGGCAUUUUCCACAGCACCACAAUACACAGACUGGACCCUUUUUGCAGUAACAAACUCAGCAGCUUCUCAGCGCAUCAGCAAGGAUCUCAGAUCUCAUAAAGCUGUGUCAGGUACCUGCUGCACCAUUACAUGCUGCUGCUGCUGCAGAUAGUGUCAGCCUGAAAAGCUGCUUGUCAGCCACAGGAACACUGGGGAACACUUCAGGCAGGUUGGUUGGGCUGGGCUGAAACAAUCUUCUGGCAUCACUGUGACUUCCAGGGAGCUGACAGAUUGGUUUAGUUGCAGUUCUACAUGGCAGGUCCUUAGGGAGGGUUCUGCCCAUUUGGUGAGGAGCUGCACUCCCAGUAGCUCAGUUGCAAGACUGCAGCACUGUGUUGCUCUGAUCCUGGCAGAGGUCUUGUCUGUCUUCUCCGUGGGAAGUCCAAGAGGAUGUUUCCUCGCCUUCAGUACCAAUAUUGCUAUGCUUGUGUAUGUGCUUGUGG